AUGUCCCAGGCAGAAGGAGGCGAGGAGACGUUUGAAUACUGCGAUGUGGUCAUCAACAGCCAGGAGAAGGUUUCAGACAUGUACACGCAGCUGGAGAAGCUGGGAGAGGGGAAGUUCGGGACGGUGUUCCGCCUGCAGGAAAAAGCCACCGGCAAAAUCCGUGCUGGGAAGUAUUUCCGGACACGGACAGUGAAGGAGAAGCAGGCGGCUCGGGCCGAGGUGGAGCUCAUGAACCUGCUGCAUCACCCGCGCCUCGUGCAGUGCCUCGCCGCCUUCCCGUGCCGCCCCGCGCCCCCUCCCAGGGCCGCCGAGCUGGUGAUGGUGAUGGAGUACGUGGCGGGUGGGGAGCUCUUUGAGCGCAUCGUGGACGAUGACUUCGAGCACACGGAGCCCAGCAGCACCCAGUACCUGCGGCAGAUCCUGGAGGGGCUGCGGUUCAUGCACGGUCAGGCCAUCGUCCACCUCGACCUCAAACCCGAGAACAUCGUCUGCGUCAGCCCCAGCAGCCACUGGCUCAAGAUCAUUGACUUCGGUUUAGCGCGGAAGCUGGCUCCAGACACCCCCGUGAAGGUGUUGCACGGCACCCCUGAGUUCAUGGCUCCAGAAGUGGUCGCCUUUGAGCCUGUGGGCUUCUCCACAGACAUGUGGAGCGUUGGUGUCAUCUGCUACAUCCUGCUGAGUGGGGAGUCCCCCUUCCAGGGGGACAAUGACAUGGAGACACUGAGCAACAUCACAGCUGCCAAGUGGGACUUUGAGGAGGAAACCUUCUCGGAGAUCUCCCAGCAAGCCAAGGACUUCAUCAGCCAACUGCUGCAGAAGGACCCCCGGCGCCGGCUCUCCAGUGCAGGGGCCCUACUGCACCCCUGGCUGCAGCAGCCCCAGCCCUGCAGCACGAAGGUGCUGCCCAAGGAGAGGAUCAAGCAGUUCCUGACGCGUCGGAAGUGGCAGAAAACAGGCAAAGCCCUGCUGGCCCUCAACAGGCUGACCCUGCUCUCCCAGAGCCCGGACAGGAAAGUGUCGGAGGAUCAGGAUGAGGAAG